AUGUGCAUCGCCCUGUACACACUGGAACACCCCGAGUACGCGCUCAUCCUGUGCACCAAUCGCGACGAGUACCUGAACAGGUCCACGAAAAACGCGCAUUUUCAUUCAUUCGGCGGCGGGACGACAAGCGGCGACAAUGAUCAUGAUAUCCAUGAUAACGGUCGAGGCAGCGUCCUGUCUGGCAUUGACACGGUCGGCGGGGGAACGUGGCUGGGCGUCUCCCGGUCCGGAAAGGUGGCCGUUCUGACGAACGUCACAGAACCGUACGGUGCUUACCCGUCCUCGCGGGGGACACUGGUCUCGAACUUCCUCAAAGGGCCGGGUUCGCUACCCAUGGACGCGUACGUUGAUGAGCACAUACGCGGUGGAACGUAUGCAGGGUUCAAUAUGCUUCUCCUCGCCCCUGUUGCUGCUGCUGCUGCAGAUCCGUCGAGCACGGGCGAAGCAGGCCUCCUGGGGUUCGAGGGUGUCUUCGUUACGAACCGCAGCCAUGGCCAGGGUCAGGAGGAAGGCGCUGGGGAAGUGAAGGGAGACAGUAUCAUCAUGCGACAGCUCCGGAGUGAUGAGAGAGAACUGGGAGGCAUGUCCAACGGUAUCGACGAUGCCGGUGCGCGCGACUGGCCGAAAGUGAAGGACGGCUGCGCCAGCUUCAGAGAACGCGUGCUCGAUCCUGGACCCGUGGACGAGGAUAUGCUAGCAGAGAAGUUGUUCGGUAUUCUGGAACAAACCGCUGACAAGCCUCCGACCUGCCGCGCGGAGCUGCGCAAUACGAUACAAGUAGACCCGCUGACGAUAUCCGAGUCGGCGACACAUACACCCUACGGGACACGCUUGGCCACUGUCAUCCUGGUACGACGUGAUGGACGAGUGCUUUUCCUGGAAAAGGACAGAUGGCAGACAGGGGAGGACGGAGCACCUCGACUGGCGACUUCAAGUCCGCGGCGUCAUGAGUUUAAACUUGAAUUAAAUUAA